AUGGGGUCUGUUUCUAACCAGCAGUUUGCAGGUGGCUGCGCGAAGGCGGGCGAGGAAGAGCCCAGCGGGGAUUCGCCCAGGCCGGACGAGGAAAGCCAACCGCUGUUGCAUGGCGCCGGGAUCUGUAAAUGGUUCAACGUGCGGAUGGGCUUCGGGUUCCUCUCCAUGAUCACCAAGGAAGGCAUCGCCCUCGAUUCCCCCGUGGACGUUUUCGUGCAUCAGAGCAAGCUCCACAUGGAAGGUUUCCGCAGCCUGAAAGAAGGAGAAGCAGUUGAAUUCACUUUCAAGAAAUCCUCUAAAGGUUUGGAGUCCAUCCGAGUCACUGGCCCUGGAGGAGUUUUCUGCAUUGGCAGCGAAAGGAGACCAAAGGGAAAAAACCUUCAGAAACGCAGGUCGAAAGGAGAUAGAUGCUACAACUGUGGUGGCCUGGAUCAUCAUGCCAAAGAAUGCAAGCUCCCUCCACAGCCUAAGAAAUGCCACUUCUGCCAAAGCAUCGCCCACAUGGUGGCCAACUGCCCAGUCAAAACGCAGCAGUCACCCAGUUCUCAGGGAAAGCCCCCGUACUUCCGAGAGGAGGAAGAAAUGCACAGCUCACCCUUUCUUCCUGAAACCAGGGAAUGA